AUGGCAGAAAAUAAUGAAUCUCGUGGUAAGAGAUUGCCAAUGUGGGUACUAGGACCAAAGGAUGAUGGAGAAGCUCGUAAAAACCUAAAAGAUUAUGCUUAUUCGAAGUGCCAUGAGUAUGUUGAUGCCAUGGCUACUUGUAGUAAGGCACAUGGUCUUGCAGUUUUUCCAGCCUGCAAUGAACAACGUUCAAAAAUGGUAGAAUGUCUGUUAUUUUAUCAAUUAGAUACCAAGUAUUUAGAUCACGAAAGAGAUAAGGUGGUUCAGAAAAAGAUUCAAUUAGCCCUUGAUAAAAACAAAGAGUAA